AUGUGGCGCUGCGUUUCUCGUGGCCUUCGCUUUCCUUCUCAUUCGAAACGGCCGAUCUUGAAUGACUCUGUUAGAUCUCACAUUUCCAGAUUCUUCUCCUCUCAUUCUAGUGGAGAAUACACCAUAGUGGAUCAUACAUAUGAUGCUGUUGUUAUAGGAGCUGGUGGUGCUGGGCUGAGAGCAGCCAUAGGACUCUCAGAGCAUGGUUUCAACACUGCUUGUAUUACCAAGCUGUUCCCAACUCGUUCUCACACUGUUGCAGCUCAGGGUGGUAUAAAUGCUGCAUUGGGAAACAUGAGUGAAGAUGACUGGAGGUGGCACAUGUACGACACAGUCAAGGGCAGUGAUUGGUUAGGUGAUCAGGAUGCCAUUCAGUAUAUGUGUAGGGAGGCACCAAAAGCUGUGAUUGAGCUUGAGAAUUAUGGUUUACCAUUUUCUCGAACAGAAGAUGGAAAAAUAUACCAGCGUGCAUUUGGUGGUCAAAGUCUUGACUUUGGAAAAGGUGGACAGGCGUACCGUUGUGCAUGUGCUGCUGACAGAACUGGUCAUGCCUUAUUGCACACUCUUUAUGGUCAGGCUAUGAAACAUAAUACACAAUUCUUUGUGGAAUAUUUUGCUUUGGAUCUUUUGAUGAGUAGUGAUGGUACCUGCCAAGGAGUAAUUGCAUUAAAUAUGGAGGAUGGAACACUACAUCGGUUCCGUUCUGCUUCAACAAUUUUGGCCACAGGGGGCUAUGGUAGAACCUAUUUUUCUGCAACCUCUGCCCAUACUUGCACAGGAGAUGGCAAUGCCAUGGUUGCACGUGCUGGGGUUCCACUCCAGGAUUUGGAAUUCGUACAAUUUCACCCUACUGGCAUUUAUGGGGCUGGCUGCCUCAUUACUGAAGGAUCUCGAGGUGAAGGUGGUAUUCUAAGAAACAGCGAAGGUGAACGGUUUAUGGAACGGUAUGCCCCUACAGCCAAGGAUCUUGCAUCAAGAGAUGUUGUUUCUAGAUCCAUGACCAUGGAAAUCCGAGAAGGUCGUGGCGUAGGACCUUUGAAGGAUCAUAUCUAUCUCCACUUGAAUCACUUACCCCCAGAUGUACUCAAGGAGAGGCUUCCUGGCAUCUCUGAAACUGCUGCUAUCUUUGCUGGAGUUGAUGUUACAAAGGAGCCCAUUCCAGUCUUACCGACUGUGCAUUAUAAUAUGGGUGGAAUUCCAACUAAUCACCAUGGGGAGGUAGUUACUAUCAAAGGAAAUGACCCAGAUGCCGUAAUUCCGGGACUAAUGGCUGCUGGUGAGGCUGCCUGUGCAUCAGUUCAUGGUGCCAAUCGGCUUGGUGCAAAUUCUCUUCUUGACAUUGUUGUUUUUGGUCGAGCUUGUGCAAAUAGAGUUGCAGAGAUCCAGAGACCAGGGGAUAAACAAAAGCCAUUGGAGAAUGACGCAGGCCAGAAGACCAUUGCCUGGCUAGACAAAAUUAGAAAUUCAAAUGGCUCAAUACCAACUUCGAAAAUUCGGUUGAAUAUGCAACGAGUAAUGCAGAAUAAUGCUGCUGUGUUCCGUACACAGGAUACAUUAGAAGAAGGCUGUCAAUUGAUUGACAAAGCAUGGGAGAGUUUUCAUGAUGUUAAGUUGACAGAUCGUAGUUUGAUAUGGAACUCUGACUUAAUAGAGACUAUAGAAUUGGAGAACCUUUUGAUAAAUGCAUGUAUCACCAUGCAUUCUGCUGAAGCCAGGAAAGAGAGCAGAGGAGCUCAUGCACGUGAAGAUUUUACGACAAGAGAUGAUGUGAACUGGAUGAAACACACCUUGGGAUAUUGGGAGGAUGAGAAGGUCCGACUAGAUUACAGACCUGUUCACAUGAAUACAUUAGAUGAUGAGAUUGAGACCUUCCCACCUAAAGCUCGUGUAUAUUGAUCCACUGUCCACCCUCUUCCCAAAAUAAGAAAAACAGAUAAAUGAAAGACAGCAAUAAGUUGUAAUUUGGACAAAUAGUUGUUGCAUUCAUCGGUAUUUAACUUCUGGGAUUGGAAGUUAUUACAGGUAUGUUUCUCUACUGAGUAAUAAGCUUGAUGAUUGCCUGAACAACUUCAUAGGUGUUUUAAACCCGUUGUUGAUUUCAGCGAUAAUGUCAAUUUAUAAUACAUUACGCCUUCUUUUGUUUAUUACUUCUGCAUACUGCAAGAAUGGUUUAGUCUGUAAUUGUUUUUGCCUCAUUGCUGCCUUUUUUUAACCCUUAAUAAUGUAGUAUUCAGUAACUGUGAUCAUUUAAUAAGCAGAUCAUUCUCAAUA